GAAAAAUAAUCUAACAAUAAUGGACCUGCGUAAAUUGUGCAGGAUUUGCUUUGAUGGCAGCGCGGAUGUGGACAUCAACUUGCACAGGCCCAGCGACUGGCCGGAGCACACAGUCCUUGAGAUGAUGGACGCCACAUUCCAAGAGAAAAUGGACCUCAGAGACCAGUUGCCAAUGAUAUGCGCGACCUGCCUGGAUAAUUUCAUGCAGAUCUAUGCAUUCUCCAUGAAGCUGAAGAUGGCCAAUCAACAGCUGCUUCAACUCUACAUCCAGGCCCAAGGUGGCGAGAUGUAUGUGGUACACGAGGGUGACCCAAACGAGGAAGGCUGCUCGCUCCUGGAGCAACAGCCUGAGAUAGAGACAAUAAUGCAGGCAGAUGCACUCGACCUCGAGGCCAUAGACGACGAGGGCGCAUACAUAAAAGAGGAGCCUUCACAGGCAAUUGACGAGUCUUCAGAGACAAUAGACGAGAGUCCACUGCUAAUAGACGAAUCCCUAGAGAUAAUGGAAGAGUUUCAGUCCAUAGUUCCCGAGGAUGCGGUUCCAUCCAAGAAGCUGGCAAAUCUAGAUUCGUUGAUAGUCUCCGAGUUCCUGCCCGUCACCACCAGUAAGCCCCUGGCCGAAGGAUCCUCUGAAAGUGGUUUGCAGCUGCAGCAGUGGACAGUGGACUAUGCGGCCGUCGAACUAAAGCGCAACGAUCUGGACGAUUACAACGAGACGAAUCGCCGCCUCCACGUGGCCGAGCCGAGCGGCAGUCAGGCCAUCUACAAGUGCAAGUACUGUCCGCAGGCCUUCUCCUCCUCCCAGUAUCUGAAGACGCAUGUCCGCAAGUCACACGUCUGCAAGUACUGCACCUGCGCCUUUGCCAAGUACAAAGAUCUCAACGAUCACAUUCGCAACAAGCACCCAAACCAUCCGUGCGUGGUCUGCACAAGCAUCUUCAGCACCAGCAGAUACCUCCGAGCCCACCUAAAGCGCGUGCACGGCGUCCAGCUGCCCGCUCAGGUGGCGCUCUUGGACUACAGACCCGCUAGCAGGGGGCAGUACAAUCCGAAUUAAAGUUAGUUUAUUUGCCAAAAGAUUUGCGACUU